AUGAAAAAAUACGAAACAGAUGGCUUCGACAAUUACUGUAAAUUAAUUAAGAGGAAAAUCAAAGAAAUAAGCGAAGAUGAAAUAGAAACAGCGAAUUUGUUCGAAAAACUGAUUAAAAAAUAUAACUUAAAAAGCAUAAAAAGGGUCUCUCUUCCAGUACAAAAAAAUUGUUGCUUUAGCUGUCGUUCAUCAGCUAACUACUUUUAUAAUUACUAUUAUAAAAAAAAGGAACCGGUUAUCAUUACAAAUUUAAAUCAUAAAAUAGGAAACUGCGUCAAAUAUUUUGACAAUAAGAAUAUUGUUAAAUAUAUAGGAGAUACAAAAGUAAGCAUACACGUAAGUAACUCCAAAUUUUUAAAUAAUGUAAAUAAAAAUUUUCGAUAUACGCUCUCAUCCUUAACAAAUUUUAUUUUACUUAUUGGAAAAGAAAAUAAAAAAAAAAAAGUUAAUAAUAAUUUUUCAAUAAAUUGUAAACAAGACAGAAAAAAAAUAUAUAUAACAUUUAAUAAUGAUAAAGAGGUUUAUCAAAAAAAAAAUUUAGCAAAACAUGAAGACAGCAUUAGUAAUUGUCAAGAAGGGAAAAAUAACAAAUUAAAAUAUCAAGAAGAAUGUUUUGAAAAUUAUUUAGUAGAUAACAAAACUUUAAUACAAAACGAUGGAAAUGAAAUAAUAUUAGACAACUCUUCUAUUAGCAAUGAUGCUGCAGAAACGAACGGAAAAAUCUUACCCUAUCAUGUAAAAGACGGAAAUCACAAAAGGGUAAAGUGUGCAAAUGGCAAAGACAAUAAUAGUAGGGAUUCGAAUAAUUACUACUACUAUUACAGAUCAUUGGGAACAAAUCAUUUUAAGGAUGUGUCAAAUAUAAAAAAAAUGAAUUCAUUCAUAAAAGAUAAUUUUUUUUUACCUGCUGAAAUUUAUCCCCCUUAUGAAAAGUUUGAAUUUUUUUCCUCUGUGUUAAGAAUAGGACAAACUAAUAUUUUUAUAUGGCUACAUUAUGACAUCCCUGAUAAUUUUUUAAUACAAAUAAAAGGAAGAAAGAAAAUUUUAUUAAUUCCCCCGAAAUUUAUAAAAUAUUUUAACAUUAUCAAUUCUUCUUCAUCUUACAAUUUAUUCCACAUUUUAAUUAAAAAAAACAAAUUAAGUAAAAAAGAAAAAAUUAUAAAAAAAAUACUUCAAAAAUUUGCUCUCGUAGCAGACAUAUAUGAAGGAGACGUUUUAUUUAUCCCCUCCUUAUGGUUGCACUAUGUCUAUAAUAUGCCAGCACACACAUAUUUAAAGAAGAGAUAUAAAAAGUAUCACCAAUAUUUGUAUACUGUAACAGAGAAAUUACAAGGAAGUUUUUUUUCAAAGGAAUAUAAGAAGGAAUAUGACAAAAAAAAAAAUUUAUCCUCUUAUAAUUUUUACAAAAAUUCUAAAUUUAAAAUAAUCGGAAGAAACAAAACAAAAAAAAAAAAAAAUACGUAUGUAGUUACCAAAAAAUUUAAGAGGAAACAUGAAAGUAAGAUUCGAUUACGAUAUCUUGCAAAUAAUAUAUUUUUGUACACAAAUAAAUCAGAUAACCUGAACUGUUCAGAACAUUUAUCUUAUGUACCAAAGGAUGCUGAUAAAAAUGAGUUAAUAACACACUAUAGUCAUUUAGAAAAUUAUGAAGAAUAUUUGAAGAAGAAUUUUCACAUUUUUAUUGACUCAAACUGUGUGCAAAGUUGCAAUAGAACGAGUAACAAUGAAAAGAAAGGGAAAAAAUUUCUAUCCACUAGGAACGAUAACAAAAAAAUGGCUUAUAAUAAAAAAAUAGAAGAAAAGGAUAAUUCUGAACAUUUAAAGCAUGCUGAUAAUACUGCAACUUCGAAAGUGAUAGAAGAAAAGGGAAGCGAUUCAUCUGAAGAUUUUUACUUAAAUGCCAAGUUAAAUAUUAGCGUCAAUUACUUUUUUAGAAAAAGAAAAGAAAUCUGUUUAUUUAAUAAAAAAGAUUUAUACGGAAAUCAAGAUAUUCACGUGGUUAAUCAAAUUUUUAAAAAAAUUCAAAAAGAAAUAAAACCCCUCAUUUCGGUGCCAGCCAAGUAUAAAAAUUUUUAUUUGCAGAAAAUACAAGGGUUCCUAUAUUCCUACCUAGAUGAGGAGUAUAUAUAA